UCUAGAUCUCAUUAAUUAAUUUCUUCCAGCAUAAGGGAAGUUUUUUAUGAGACACAAGUGAAGAAAAAAAUAUAGGCAUCACACAGAAAUUCAUACGCUACAUCAUACGGACUUACGGAGUAAAAAAGACCCCGGCGAGUCGGGGCGCCGGACAAAAAACCCGCGUACUGCUUCUCUAUACAAUCAUCCUUCUACGGCCAAAACCUCGUCAGUCAGCUUCAAAUGCCUCCAAAGAGUGAGCCGUGCCGGAAUUUCAUCCGUGGAAGCUGUCGUUAUGGUGAUCGUUGCAAAUUUCUUCAUGCUUCCCAACAACAGUCCAAACCAAAUGUGUUUGGAUUCGGGAGCCAAAAUAGCGCACAAUAUCAAAGGUCGAAUUUUCAGCAGCAGCAGAGUCCCAAUCCUUUUGGGUUUGGUGUUCAGAGUAACUAUCAGUCAAGAGAAGUUGGUAUUGGAUUGAAAUCAAAUCAGAACAAGCCAUUUGAAAAUAAGUGGACACGUUCAUCUGCCAAUGCUAGUACCCCCCCUACACGUCAACAGGACAGUCAGCAGACAGCACCUAAUCAUAUAUGCACAGAUCAAGAGUCUUGCAAACGUCAAAUCAUUGAAGAUUUUCAAAAUGAGAAGCCUCUUUGGAUCCUUACCAGCUAUGGUCACCUAAAAAGUGGUCCCUGUGAUGUUGCGGGUGAUAUUAGCUACGAAGAACUACGGUUAGCAGCAUAUGAAGAUGCUAGACGUGGUGCGAACUUGCAAUCAAUUGUUGGAAGGGAGAGAGGUCUAAUUAGAUCCAAGCUAGCUGAAUUAGAGUGCUUAGUGCGUAAUAAUAGUCCAGCUCCGUCAAAUUCAAUGUUUGGCUCUCAGAGUUCUUUAUUUGGGCCUAGUCAAAAUGCUCCAACAAGUGCUCAUAGUCCUCCAUCUGCCUCAAGUUUUGGUCAGCUAGGUGCAUUAAGUCCUCCAUCUGCCUCAAGUUUUGGUCAGCUAGGUGCAAUAAGUCCUCCAUCUGCCUCAAGCUUUGGUCAGCUAGGUGCAUUAUUAAACUCAGGGCAAUCAGUUCCUCCAAAUAACACUCUGCAGCAGUCAAAUCCCUUCCCUCAGAUGUCUUUCGGAAAUGCAGGCGCAUUUGGAAGUCAGUUUGGUGCUCCGUCAGUUCAUAGCCCCUUCACCUCCAGUUCUGCAACCUUAAACAAUGGCCUAACUAGUGAGCAAUCGCUUGGCAAUGCUGGAUUAGUGAACCCGAAGGUACCUGCUGAUCUAAAAGAUAGCAUUUGGGGUAAGGAAUGGAAGAUUGGAGAGAUCCCAGAAGAAGCCCCCCCAGAUGAAUACGUCUUCUAGUGUUGCUUAUAUCAUAUGCCCAUCCAUAAACUGCUUCUCAUUCACAUGUCUCCAUAGAAAGAACAGGCUGGUUUACGAGAUUAUUCAUGGGAAUUAUGGCUGCUGAGCACGUGUUUUGGAGCAUGUAUUUUUCUUUCUUUCUUUCUUUGUACGAUAGUAUGUACUAUGUAGGAUCGCUUUUUGAUUUCAUUUCUCACAUUAAAAGCGUUUCGACAAGAAUGCUAGAACAGUUUCUUGGACGUAAGUUUUGGACUUUGGUUUAGAAAAUUUAUUAGAAUUAUUAGCUUAACAACCGUCAUCACACUCAAACAUAUUCUAUUCAUUAUAUUUUAUCAUAAAAGAUUCAAAGUUUC